GCCAAGGCCAUAAUAAAGUUUCCUCUUGUCUGUAUCUCUGCGUCUAUGCAAGUCCUGCUUGUGCCUGGCCACCGCAACAUGUACGUCUAUGUUCGCACGGGUAUGCCUGGACAAACAUAGUCCAGCCGCUGACCAUGACAAGCCUUAGCUACAAGGCCUCGGCUGGUCCUGCUUCUUCUGCAACAUGGCCGCCAACCCCCAGCCUCCUGUGUCUGCCACAAGCAACCCCCUGACCCGGGAGCCCAACAUAUACGCCGAAUUCCUACCACGUCUUGGCCGUAUCUCUGUGGCCAUCCAUCUCCCCACCCCAUCAACUCACAAGACCGAGGUUCUCCUCGCAAGGGACGGGUUGCAUUUGAUUGUCGACCAUGAAGGCACCAGCACCAGGCUGCGGCUUCCCGCCAAAACUCGCAUCGCUGGCGAGCAUCUCCCGGGGGAGAUCAAGCCAGGCCUCGAUAAGAUGAGUUGGCGUUUGUUACCCACCCCGGAGGAAGCCCAGGCUGCAAUGGAUAUCGAGGCUGGUGCGGUGCCUUGGUCUGCCGCCGACUUGAAGCCAGGACUACGUGUUGCGUGCCGAAAGUGUGACGAGCCCAUAAUAUUGCGGAAUACCAUUGAGGCGUUCAAGGACUUGCCUAGUGAGAAUUGGGCCGAGAUGAUGGAGUUCUGGCAUUGCCACAAGCCCGCGGAUGCCCAUGUGGGUGGUUCUGCCGCUGGCGCUGGUGCCCAGAGCAAAGCUUCUGAAGACCAGCUGGCCACUCGUGGUUACGGUGCGAACUCUGCCAUUUCUGCGCAGGACGGUGUGGGAUUCGUUGACCUCAUGACGGUGCUCUUCUCUCAGAACGACUGCAGCUGUCUUCUGAUCCGUCGCUACGAUGGGGGGCAUGAGAAUAUCGUGUCCAAGGACUUCAGCGGCCCCCGUGCUCUGGAUGCACACUGCCACAAGUGCAAGACCCAGCUCGGUCGUCUCGACGGCCGCAAGAACGGGCUGUCGAUUUUCAAGUGGAAGCUCAACCUCGGAGAGCACGCUGGCGUUGAAAAGAGCCCGUCCUUAUCGGCCCCACCAUCUCUGUCUCAGUGCCUUGCUGCUGCACUCAUCGACAUCCAGGCUCGCUCUGGCAGUGCAAAGGUCGUCCUGCAGGGUGUAGAGGAGGUUAUCACCGUCUGGAUCUUGAAUUCCCAGGUGAAAUUCUCUUGUUCCGCCAAGCAGGGCGUGUGUGCCAUGAAGGUUCUGUUCCAGCCCAGGUUCAUGGACGAGGAGGAGAUUCUACUUCCGGACCAUGUCGUGCAAGAAGUCAGGACGAUCCUGGAGCGGGGGAAUAAAUACCUGCCCCUCGACGAGAGAGAGCGGCAGUUCGACCCAACCGAGGGUUCGUGGACGGUGUCGCUUCUUGAGCGAUGAAGGUGUUGGCAUCUUCGGGAGCGUGUUGAUUCACCGACAACUGCACGGGCAAAAGCUUCAGGCACUGUGUUUGGAGGCAAUUCUUGGGGGGGGGGGGGAUACAACGGGCACUUGUAAGCUGGGCUGCGACGGGAUCUGGGAAGGUCUAUGGUAUCAAAUCAUACGACGGGACCGUGCUGUGACACGGCAUCGGCAGGCACCGGGCCGUCGAAAUGGCGUUGUGGUUCGGGGGCAAGGAGAUCAAAUGAUACCCAGUUGCAUUUACUUGCCGGAAUGAGAAUCUGAUCUUGCAACAAA